AUGACUCCGCUGAUCAAAGUAUUCAAUCAAUUGCUGCCAAGAAAACCAGUUGUGUUUCCCAGUCUUAAUGACGCAGCAUCGUUACCACAUGAAGUGAACCAAGAUGUCGUGCUGAUGUCAACAAAUAAUUUUCAUGAGUGCUUAGCAAAGGGAUACAUGCAUGCCAAUAAUAUAUCUGUAGUUAUACUCCUUACCACCCUAAGAACCAUUGCCAGAGAUCAUCCAACAAUUUUAACACUUUCCAAGGAAGAUGCAAAGCCGCGGAUUAUCGGACUAGUUGAGCUAGAUCUGCAUGAUAUCCACAAUGCAACUGACCUAAAAAUUCAACUGGACUAUUUAGAGGAAAUUUACGAUUUGCCAAUUUUUAUGUCAAAAGAUGUAUUGGCCAUGAAUGCUUUUGGUGAAGAAAUUGCGGUUGAAACUGUUCCAUAUAGUCCGAAGAAUCUAAGUCCGAUUGAAAGAAAUGUUUGGAAACUUUUAUACGAGAUUUCAGACUUUCUUCAAGAUAUGAAUAUUGCUGAGGUUUCUAAGUCUAUUCAAAAAGUGAGAGCCGUUGUUUUGUGGGCUGUCAAGGUCUUGACAAUCUUUGGCUUGUGGAGUUUGAAUUUCAUGCUAGAACAUAUUCAGAACACCUUGUCAGGGAUGUUAAAUAAGGAAAAUAACGCGUUUGUGGCACUUGCGAUUGAAGCAUGUAAAACACGGUUUGAGUUGGUUCAAAAACUUGUCAACAGUCAAUCUAAAGCACCCAUUCAUUCAAGUUUGAUGUAUGAAAUUUUUGAGAAGCUCACACCAUACCAAGUUUUAUGCAAUACCACCACUGCUGAACAAGGAGUUGAAAUUGGUGAACACGAAGCUGACGUAACCAGUAAACAAAAGCCUUGUGUAACAGACGUACAAACUGAGCAAAGUACUAAGUUUGAGGAGGAUAGUUUAGCAGACAAGAGUUCUUUAUAUGAAAGCGAAGAGGAAACUGCUCAUAGUGAAACGAAUUCAUCUCUAGACCAAGAAUCAAUGAGGAACAACGAGUCCUUAAACGGACCACCAGUUCUGGAAAAACGAAUACAGAAACUCAGAAAUAAAUCUCAAUUUUAUUGCAUUAUUAUAACAAGGUCUAACUCCUUUGCAAAAAUGUUAAGUAAGCUCAUCAAUUACAUGUCAACUUGCAACGCAAAGUACAGUUUUAUGAAAUCUGGAUGUGUGAUUCAGUCUAAGAAUGGGAGCCGUGAAGAAGAGGAGAGGACUGAGAGUGUUUUACAAGCAGUGCUUCAAGGGAUGGUGAAUAUUGUGGUGACAACAGUGGACUUGUUUUCUGAUCUUUCUCUAACUACAUUUAAUGUUUUGGUGUAUUUUGGGACACCGUCAAGCUAUGAAGAGUAUUAUCAAAUCAAACACAAGAUCAAAGGUUUAGCACCAAAAUUAAUGUUGGUGUUUAACGAAGAUCGUUCAGACGAAAUGAAAAGUAAUUUACAGGUAUGACUCAUGCGGAAGAAAGCUAUCAUAGAAAUAACCUAAUGAACGAGACCUACGCCCCAAGUUACACAAUAUCGCUUUUUUUGACAUAUACUGUUUAGGAGUAAUGUUUGCCAACAAAAAUUUCCCCACCUGACAGUUGUCAACUUGUCGUCUUAUUUUGUCAUGUGGUAGCAAUUUGAGGUGUUAAGAUAUUCAUAAAACCGUUAAAUCCGACAGUGUGACAAGCGGUAUCGUGUGCAUGACUUAUGAUUACGUUCUAAUUAAUCAAAUUGCGUUCCAAUGGAACUACACGUUCUGAAAGCAAUUGGAACGCCUACUAUAGUUCGACUAGAACACUGAGAACGCUGUUUCAACGCACGCACUCGAGAGCCCGUUUUCUAUCAUUUCUGACUAGUUACUGAAUUAUGUGAAACUUGGUUCAGGUAUUUGUUCAUAUUGAAUCAGAAAUCGCGAAAAGAGUAUCAGAUUAUAUUACUCAAGAAAAUAAAGAAAUAUGGCUGCGGCGUCUUGCUGAAAAACAUCCCUGUAGUUACACGCCAUUUGGUGAGAACGGUCCUUCUGUGUCGAUGGAGUCAAGUAUCUAUUUAAUUAACCGGUUAGUUUGAUUAAUUGAUUAUUGAUUGAUUGAUUGAUUGAUUGAUUGAUAAGUUAUUAAACCAUUGAGAACAUACCAAGCGCCUUUAGUUGAUCAGAUUAUCAAUAAAUUUAUAUGAACAAUCUUAAUUUGUUACAAACAACAGCUGUAUCAAAAAUCUCGAUUAAUAUAUAAUGAACUAUAAUUUGCUGAUAUUAUACAAUGUCUAAAGCGGUGAGGUGAGAGGUGGUUUAGCCUGCGUGCAGGCCCAAGCGCCAACGCCCUCUCUGGCGUUAGACUGAGUAAAAUAAUAAAGUUGGGCGUAUUGGGGCGAAUGUUUAUGGCGCGAUUUAGAGAUAUCUGUGGUGUGAGAGAUAUACACGAAAUAAACAGAACUUCGACAAUCAAGGAAAGACCGUUCAUCGCGAAGUUAGUCGGGCUACUACUAUAGGGCUACUACAAGUAAAGCUGAAUUGAAAUGGCCCUUUGAAAAUCAGACUUUGACUGAAGGGCUACUGUUUUUAAAUUAUUGUAAAUAAUAAUAAUAAAAAUAAUUUCUUUGUUCGCAGAUACUGUCGUCGAAUCAACAGGGCUGAUUUUUUCAAUCUUUACGCAGAGUUUAUAACGCAGAGGAAAGAUUUGACAGAAAAUUGCGUAGAGUUUGUGUCGAAACUUUAUCUUCCACUGAGCAGUUAUUGUUCAAUUGUUGAGGUAAAUGAAACAAUGUUAUUUCUUACAGUUUCUCUUGCUGCCUGUCUUGUAGAAGUUUAUUUUUUUAAAGACUUUGCAAGAAAGAGUCUAUUAUGUAUUGCUGUAUAUAUGUAUCUUUAAAGAGGCGGUCAAGUCCGUUCAACGGAUGUGCAGUUUGCAUUUUGAAGACACUAUAUUCAUACAAUGAUGCACUUGGUUAAUAUCAAAUGAAUAUAGAUUCGAGUUUCAAUUUAGAAGAUGUUUGUGAUGUUACUCUGAGUGUAGAUCCACACCGGACAAGCUUCAAAAAUAUGCCUGGCCACGGUGGGAAUCGAACCCACGACCUUUGGAAUAAAAAAAAACAACUUAUUACUAGAUUGCAUUGAUAUCGAUUAUCGAGGGAACUAGACUCAGUUCCGAAAUAUCACAUACUCGAACCGACCUGACCGCAUAGCUCAGUUGACAGAGCAUUGGGCUAGUAUUCCAAAGGUCGUAGGUUCGAUUCCCACCGUGGCCAGGCCAUAUUUUUCAAGCUCGCCCGGUGUGGAUAUACACUCAGAGUAACAUCACAAACUUCAUAUUCACCUGAGUACAUAACACCAACACAGAAAAAAUCAAUUCAGAAGAUGUCGAAACAACGCGAAAUUUGGGUAGUGUUCACACAUAGUUAAUAUAUUAACUUAUGCAUGAUUCACAUCAGAGCCAGAGGGCCCUCGCAUAGCACAUGCGCAGAACAGACUUGACCUCAUCUUAAUGAAUUUCAAUGCGUUGUUUUGCCGUCCUUUUUGCAGCAGAUUGUGGUCAACUUUUGAAUUAUUGACACUCGGAGCUCCCAGCUUGAUAUACUUGCCUCCAAAUACAAGAUUACUACAAAAAAUGUAAACGUUUUCUCACUCUGGGGCCGGUUGUUCAAAGCUGGGUUAGCUUAACCCUGGGUUAACCUAUUAAAAUUCAAAACAAACUUCCUGACAGCUUGUCCAUAAAUUUGGAAAUAUUUCUUCAGAGAUGUUGUUUGGAUCGACCGGAGUUUACUUCUCUGAAGUUUUGAAAUAAACAGACGUGUAUAAAUACACAAACUAAAACAGCAGGUUAAAUUUUAACCCAGGGUUAGCACUAAUCCAGCUUUGAACAACCAACCCCUGAUAAUUACUGCAGGUUGGUUGACCACCAUCUGCUCGACGAUAGUGCUUAGUGAAACCAGGGCGUGGUAAAGCAAUGUUUUGCUACGACCUGAGACCCAGCUAUUGCGUCCUACAUGUACUAAGAAGUCUCAAUCGUUGUUAGGGUCCUGCAGUCCAGGUGAACAAGGGGAGUGACGUAGAUCUGGAUGUUGGGAGGUUAAAAUCUCGAAUGUUGGCAUCGUUAGAAUGUGUGAAGAUCCUGCAUAGGUGUGGUAAAAUGGACGAUGAUCUUGAGCUGACUGAGGAACAGUAUGAUCAUGAGAGCGUGCAUAACGAUGAACUGGAGAACAAAGGAAGGGCAGGGACGAACAAACGAAAGAGAG